AUGGUUUUGUUAUUUCUUGGCUAUGCGUUUUUGUUUUUGUUUUCUCCUCUUUGUUUCUGUUGCCCUAAGAUUGUCACUGUGACAAUACAUUUUGGCAGGUGGUCUGAUCAGAUUGGUUACAUCCCAUGUGAGGGCAUGAGUUAUUUUCCACCUAAUAACUCCUAUUUUGUAGAUGUAAGUUUGGCCUUCAGAAUAAAAGGAAAACUACACGGGUGGGAACUUUUUUUAAAGGAUAAAACAGAGGUGCAACUCCGGGAAUUCUACAGCUGGCUGUUCAGCAAGUCAGUGUGGAAAAAUGGGCAUGUGAAAAAACAAAAAUGA